AUGGAUCCUCUCAAAGGACAUGAUCACCAUGUUACUUCAGUUGCAUUUUCUCCUGAUGGGAGGUACAUUGUCUCUGGAUCUCAUGGCAAGACAGUCAGAGUAUGGGAUGCUCAAACAGGUCAGAGUGUCAUGCAUCCUUUCAAAGGCCAUGAUGAUUGGGUUACUUCAGUUGCAUUUUCUCCUGAUGGCAGGCACAUUGUCUCUGCAUCUAUGACAAGACAGUCAGAGUGUGGGAUGCUCAGACAGUUGCAUUUUCUCCUGAGUGGCAGGCAUAUUGUCUCUGGAUCUCAUGGCAAGACAGUCAGAGUAUGGGAUGCUCAAACAGGUCAGGAUGUCAUACAUCCUUUCAAAGGCCAUGAUGAUUGGGUUACUUCAGUUGCAUUUUCUCCUGAUGGCAGGCACAUUGUCUCUGCAUCUGAUGACAAGACAGUCAGAGUGUGGGAUGCUCAGACAGGUCAGAAUGUCAUGCAUCCUCUCAAAGGCCAUGAUGAUUGGGUUACUUCAACAGUCAGAGUGUGGGAUGCUCAGACAGGUCAGAAUGUCAUGCAUCCUCUCAAAGGCCAUGAUGAUUGUGUCACUUCAGUUGCAUUUUCUCCUAGUGGCAGGCACAUUGUCUCUGGAUCUGUUGACAAGACAGUGAGAGUGUGGGAUGCUCAAACAGGUCAGGAUGUCAUGGAUAUUCUCAAAGGCCAUGAUCAUUAUGUUACUUCAGUUGCAUUUUCUUCUGAUGGCAGGCACAUUGUCUCUGGAUCUUGUGACAAGACAGUGAGAGUGUGGGAUGCUCAAACAGGUCAGAGUGAUCAUGCAUCCUUCAAAGGCCAUGAUCAUUAUGUUACUUCAGUUGCAUUUUCUUCUGAUGGCAGGCACAUUGUCUCUGGAUCUUAUGACAGGACAGUCAGAGUGUGGGAUGCUCAGACAGGUCAGAAUGUCAUAGAUCCUGUUCAAGGCCAUAAUCACUAUGUUACUUCAGUUGCAUUUUCUCCUGAUGGCAGGCACAUUGUUUCUGGAUCUAUUGAUAAGACAGUCAGAGUGUGGGAUGCUCAAACAGGUCAGAGCAUCAUGGAUCCUCUCAAAGGCCAUGAGGAUUGUGUUACUUCAGUUGCAUUUUCUCCUGAUGGCAGGCUCAUUGUCUCUGGAUCUGAUGAUAAGACAGUCAGAGUGUGGGAUGCUCAGACAGGCCAGAUAAUCUUGGAUCCCUUCACAAUGUCUUGUCUUUCCACUUGUGCUACUUCAAGCAAUCCUGUUGUAUUACCAAUCACUCCCAUAAAUUCUGAGGAUGGGAACACUGCCAUGUCUGGCUUACACCCAACCUUUUUUUGUGAUUCCUACAAUAUGCCAUUUUUAAGAUUCUGUUACCGUGAUAAAAAUUGGAUCAUGCUGUCAGAUAAUACCUAUCUCUUAUGGGUGCCAGACCACAAUAAAUCUGGUUUGUUCUGGCCAAGAACAACUACUGUGAUUGGUUGCAAUCCAACUUCAUUUCACUUGAAAAAUUUUGUUCAUGGUGUGAACUGGAGCCAGUGUUUUUCAUCAUCACAUGAUCCCAUUUAA